UGGAAGCAAAAUGGUGGAAUCGAAUGGGAUGGGCCUCUUAUUGUGUUCUUAAAAGAAAACAUGUUUCAUGCCUCUUCAUGCCGUUUUAAAGUUUACAAAAACACAUCAAAGGCUUUUAUCGGGUUCUCAGCUUUGGGAUUUACCGGUUGGCUCCUCUCUUCACUAUGAAGAUGGGAACAGAUGGACAGGAUCACAAUGAUGAAGCAGAAGUCGUGCCAGCCAAGUCACAGACUGAACAAUGUCCAGAUGAAGAGAAGGAAAUGGAGUCUAAAGUAGACAAAAGGAUAGUUGGCUUAAGAUGUUUCCAAGGAAACGGAGAGACUUCAGAGGAUGAGCCUAGUGAACUGGGUGCUGCUGUUGUUACUUCCUCUGAGCCUUUAUUCUUUGUGCCUCAUCUCAGCUCACAUCCUCAGUACCUGGACUGUGACUUUGAUGUGGAGCUAACAGCAGAAAUGAGAGUAGAGGAUGGCUCAUCUCUUGCUUUAUUGACAUCUAUUACCCCCAAUAUUGGCUACCAGAAGCCAGGUAAGUGGACAUUUUCUCAUGCCAUCAUCGCCAAGGUUAAAGAGAGGUUCUACAUAUUGUUUUUUGCUUUUUUUUUGCCUUCAGGCUCUUUUUCCAGAUGGUGUUCACGGCUAAUUCAACCCUUGGGACAGAUGAAACCGCCCUUUUCCCUCACAACCACUCAGAGGGUCAUAAAGACUGCCAAAAGCCCUCUCCCCUCAUCACCCUCCAACUCGCCAUCAUCUCCUUCAUCGUCUCCGUCUUCCCCCUCCUCAUCCCCCUCAUCCCCCUCAUCAUCCUCUCCUGGUGGAAUGGGUGCAAACUACCGUGAGGAUGAGGGCAGAGGUCAUGCUGGAGACAGCAGGGCUAGCAAAGGAACUGGAGACUUUGUAUCAUCCACUUCUUCCUCUCUUGUGCCAUCAUCACUGCCUGUGCCGCCGCCGCCUUCUAAUCCUCCAUUCCACACAUCUGCAUCAUCCACACAUCCUUGCAAUGAUGGACAAAGCGAGGAUGUAGAGAAUGACAUUUACGAUCCUUUUCACCCAACGGAGGGGGAGGGGGAGAGAGAACAGGCAUCCACUGAGGACGAGGAGGAAGAAGUUGACAAGUAUGAUCCUUUUGAUCCUACUGGUUCUCCUGCCUCUGAAACAGAGGAGGACAAAAAUGUUAUGGAUGGGGAGAACGAGGGAGGAAGCAGUAUUAAUAGUGAAGGGAAUGUUAUGAAAGGUGAAAGAACAUUGAAAAUGGGGGAAGCUGCUGGAACAGAGGGGGGUCCUCCAGAUUCAACAGAAAUUGUCACUCCAUCUUGCAUGUUCAAUAAUGUAACUUUAGAGCUUAAUAGCAAGCAAUCCAUCAAGGAUGGAAUGAGAGAACAAGGAAAAACUCUAAGAGAAAAGAGAACAGACUCUGAGCACUCUGAGAUAGAAGAAGGAGAGAUAGUGGGUGCCAAUGAAAGAGGAAGAGAACGGGUGGUUGAAAAAAGAAGGGAGGUUUUGCUUACCCCCUCAAGCAGCCCCUCUUACCUUCAGGGGAGCUGUCCAAAACCAGAGAGGAUCUUACGAGUUUUAGAGGGUGAUGGGUUUGUUUCUGUCCGUGCUGAUGAAGAAUGGGAGCGGGAACCAGUGGUUUCUGUAGGUGUGGGAGAUCUGAGACGAAAAUUGACGAGCAGGCGUAAAGAAAGGUUCAGAUCUUGCCCUUCCUCUGCAUCCAUAUCACCUCCACCUGCCCCUGUUUUGCCCAUGCCCUCUCCUUCUUUUCCCUCUUCUCCACCCUUAUCCCCUAAUAAAGGGAGGAGUCGCAAAUCCUCCAAGAGUUCAAAGGACAGGGAUAGACACAAGCGGAAAGAGGGUAGGGUAGAAAAGGAAAAGAGGAAAAAAAGGAAAGAGGGGAAUGAGUCAGGUGAUGGGAGAACAGGGAGAAAAGAGAGGGACCAUGAAAAGAGAAGUGGAAGAGAGAACAAAGAAAAGGAUAGGGACAGAGGGAGAAGCAGCAGAAGUGAUAGUAGCAAGAGAAAAAAGAAACGUCGGAGUACUCCAGAACAUUCACCUCGUUCCCACUCUCAGAAUGCCUCUGACCUAACACACAAUCGCAGAUCAUGGUCCAGCCACUCUGAGGACCACCACAAGGAUAGAGACAGAGACAAAAAAAAGGAGAGAGCAAGAGACAGGAAUCAAGAAAGAGACAGGGAUAGAGACAGGUGGCAAGAUGACCGGGACAGAGAGAGAGACAGAGACUCUAGAAGAAGAGAUGGACGAAAUAGAGAUCAGGAUGAAAAUAUCAGAACAUCAAGCAGUAGAGAAAGAGGGAGUACAAGAAGGAGCAGGGGAAGCAGUGACAGGAGAGACAGAGAGAAAGAAAUGGUGAGGGAUAGAAACGGGGACAGGAGAAGAGACAGGAGACCUGUUGUACCCCCGUCCAUUCAGGAUCUCAAUGGCUCUGAUCUUUUUGCCAUCAAACGCACCAUCACUGUUACCACCACUACAACCACCACCACAGUCCCAGGUUCACCACCCCAUAGCCAGCGCCGCUCCCACAGCCGCUCCCAGAGCUCAGACAAACACAGUAAGAGGAACAAGAAACAAAGGAGACGAUCAGAUGAUGAGGAGAGAAAGGAAGAGGAGCACAGGAGCAGGUCUCGACCUACCUCCCUCAGCCCUCGUUAUCAUGGAUAUGAAUCAGACCGGCCUGAGGCAGACAUGCUCUCUUUGGAUGGCGAAGCUCUGGAUUCAGACUACCCCUCACUAGAGGACUCACCAUUGCUUCCUCCUCCUCCUGAGCCCCCUCUACCCAGCUCCAAAAUGAAAUCCAUAGCACCCAAGGCCAGCGAACAUUAUUUGAAGAAGAAAUCAAGAUCUGGCAAGAAAGUUGGUCAGUCUGAAUCCACCACAUCUUCCUCUUCUCAUAGACCGAAAGCCACAAGUAAAAGCCUCCUUUCAUCUCUCUCACCACCUCUCUCAGCCUCCUCUGGCAACACCAUAUCCCUUCAGCCUACAACAUCCUUAUCCACUGCAAAACGAAGACGGAAAAUUGGUAAAGACAAAACAGGGAAGAAGGAUUCUGGGCGAUCUGGCAGGUCCAAGAAGAUUGGUGGUAGUAGCAGAAAGGGUAAACUCCAGUCUAAAGUGUCUGUCCUGGUGCGAGAGGGUGUUAGCAGCACCACGGGUAACUCGGGGAAGCUGGGAAUUGACCUUCUUGGAUCUGGUGGGGCUGUUAGUGGAGCGUCAGGGCCCUCAGUUGUUGGUGGAUCUAUUGCUGUGGUGUUCCGCCGGGACAAUGAGAGCCGGUCACCAUUUCUAAAGCCCUGCUCGGAGACUCUGGCUCUUCCAGGGAGAGGCAAAGACUUCAGCAAAAUGGGGAAACAACGCAACAUCCUUGGGCCUCCAUCUUCAACAAAUCCAAGCAGACUUAAGUCAAAAAAAGCCAAACCAAGCUCUGCUACAUCCACGUCCUCAUCUGCCUCUUCGCCUACAUCUUCAUUGGCAACAAAACGUCGAAGGAGACCUGGGAAGAGGCCCAGAGAGAAAGGGCUAGCUGUGGAUGGAAGUGAUGCUAAAAGCUGUAAUAGUAAUUCUAGUAUGGUUGGCAGUGGUUGGGUGGGAGUACCAGCAGAAAUGCAGCCAUUGAUUGGGGUUGGAUCCAAGCCAUCUAGUCCUCCACCAGCUCUCCCUGGCCCCACUCCUCCAUCUUCCUCAUCUUCCACUUCUUCUUCAGCAAGUAUCCUUCUGCCAUCCUCCUCACCACCACACACAUCCCCACUGUCUUUGCUUCCAUCCCGAGACACUAGAGAGUCAUCCCCAGACUCUCAAACUGUUGAUAGUAGCUGCAAGACGCCAGAGCCUUCAUUCCUCUCCGAGGAGUGCCCUGGUCAAUCCAAAACCUUAUCUCUCACAACCUCAAAGUCCCCUCCCAGCCUGCUGUCAUCACAGAUCAGGGGGGAUAGCAUAUCACUGUCCACUUCCAAUGCUAAACCUCUCCUACCAGAUGAUCAGAAGGCGUCACCACCUUGCUCCACUUCUUCAUCAGCUUUGGUGUCAGCUUCCCUCUCUCAUUCUAGUGCUCCUCUGGUAAAUGACCCAUCUUCAUCAUCCUCUUCAGUGUCCUCUUCUUCAGUAAACAAGCCGCUACCACCUCCACCCCCACCCCAAUCCGCUCCGCCAUUACCGUGGAGUCUUCAAACUGGAGUGGACUGCACUGCUGGAGGUGUUUUAGCAUUGACAGCCCUCCUUUUCAAAAUGGAAGAGGCCAAUAUAGCCAGCAGAGCCAAAGCACAAGAGUUCAUCCAGGCCACAAGUCAGAUUCUCUCACAGGCUAAUCAGAACCAGUCACAUGCUCCAUUAUCCUCGUCUGUGUCAUCACAAGUUCCUCUUCCUCCUCCAUCACAUGCUCCACCUCCAGGACCAGCUCCUGCACAGUUUAUUCUCCACAGCUCUGUCCCAUUGGUUGGCUGCACCAAAACCCCUCCUUCACACUUGCACCCUGGACUCUCAAUGGGUGGAGGCUGUGCUCAAACUCCACCUUCUCCAUUGCCAGCUGGAAUGUUAGGGGCGACAGGGGGCUCAUGUGAAUCAGGCUGGGACAAUGAAAGUAAAGACCCUGACAAGUAUAUGAAGAAACUGCACACCCAGGAGAGGGCAGUAGAGGAAGUCAAAUUGGCCAUCAAGCCAUACUACCAACGCAAAGACAUUAACAAAGGCGAAUACAAGGAUAUCUUAAGAAAAGCUGUGCACAAGAUUUGUCACAGCCGAACAGGUGAGAUCAACCCAGUUAAAGUGAGUAACCUGGUCAAACUUUAUGUCCAGAGGUACAAGUAUUUCAGAAAGCAUGGCCGCAAGAUGGACGAGGAGGAAAAAGAGGACAGAGAGUCUGCCUCAAUGCAUUCAUCAACAUGAUUGGAUAAAUACUUUUUAUUUCUUUCCAUCUGGUUGGGCCCACCAAAUCUAAUGAGUGACAGUCAUUUGUUAUCCUGGUAUGUUACUCCUUAUGUGUUGACAUAAUGUAAACUUGUGUACUCCACACUUCUUCCUGUCUCUCUUUCUUGUCUUGCUAUAAAUAUGUAUGGAUAGAGAAAUGUGGUAUGAUAUAAAGAAUACUGAAAGUGUUGAAAGAAUACACUCGAGAGAAAGAGAUAAACUUCUCUUUCUUAUACAUAAUCAACCUUUACAUACUUUAGGUUCACUACACAGGUGUACUUUCUUCCUCUCUGCCUUUCUGAGAAGAGUGUACAUUUUAAAUUGUCAGCUAGUUUAUGCAUUUAUUACUAUGGAGAUGGAUUUUGUAUGUGAGUGAAUGAAAGAAUUAAGAAUAGAAUGUUGACUUUACCCCAUCAGUUUUUCUUUAUAAGUGUGAGUGCAACCUGUAUUUGCUCAUCGUAUCGAAGACCAAUUGUCCAAGGGUGCUACUUGGACACUUUAAAUACUCUUUCACCUACACAAAUUUUGAGAUAGCUGUGGAAUGGAGGAUAUGUACAGUAUGUACCAUCAGUUCCAUCUCUGAAGGAACAGUGAAUGUGUAUAUAGAUGGAACAGAUUGGUGUUUGAUGUUUUAUUUUAAACUUCAAUUCUAGGCAGCUGAAUUUUAAGCUGACAAAAUGUCAUCACCUAGCUAGAGAAUUUGUUUCCCAAGUCAAAAUUUCACUUAAUAUAAUUUAGUCAGCAAAAGACUACAGUGUGUAUUUGAAUGUUGGAGGUAAAUGCAUGAAUUUUUGAUUUGAUUUGUACUGAAGAAAACUAGUGAUUUUGAGGGUCACUUAAGAGAUAAAGUUGUGCCCUGAAAAAGUG